GUCUCGGUGCCGGUGCAGCAACAAGGCAAGGGCAUGACUCCAUCGGUGUGCCGCGUUGUCUGCAUCGCAGCUCUCGUGGGCCUACUCAACGAAGUGCUACCGGUGCCCGCGAGAGCACCAGCGGCGAGCGCCGGAGGAGGCGUUGGUCGUGGGCGAAGAAAAAACGCGCAUCAUCGUUGCCGACAGGAUCAUGUUGCGCACUCCUCAACCGGAUGCUUGACCUCCAACACCGCUACCCCAGCACCAGCAAGCGGUGGCGUCGGUGAAGACGGGGGCAGCAGGGUGGUCGGUGCCAGGCCUGCAUGGCUUGUGGGCUCUGGCAGCGGGAGAGGUCGGGGCUUGCCGCGCAGAAAGAAAGGGAGCUCCAGCACCCAGGAGGCUAGGGCGGGCGCGAGGGCCAGCAGCGUCGUGGGGUUGAGAGGGGGCAGCACGGCCGCGGGGGAAGGGCUAGAGGAGGGAACAGCCGGCGUUGUCCGGAGCAUGCAGAUAUUGGUAUCCACCACGAAGAUCAGCAGCUACAUCGAUGCGCGGGGGGAAGUCGCCGCGAGGUCGGACUGGACAGUGGGCAAGCUGAAGGAAGAGCUCGAGAAGAAAUUUCCUGGAAGGAUCCCCGCAUCCUUGCAGCGGCUGUUCAAGGGGACGCAGCUUCUGCCCUCUUCAAUGACCCUCGAAGAAGCGUCUGAGGGGGCUGAGGGGCCGCUCUCUUUGCUGCUGGACAACGCUCCGCCGAUAGACGCUUCCAGGUUCGACCCGGACACGGCGGUACCCUUCAGCAAGGACGGGCAAGUGGAGGCAUUUUCGGCGUGCCUAGCGGCGCAAUCGACUCUGCAGGAGACUCUGCUCGCGGUGAUGAGGGGGGAAAACAGCGAGGACGACGCAGAGCUGAGCCGCAGCGUCAAGAUGAAGGCCGACUUCGAGAACACAAAGGCUCUUCUUCAGAGGACGCUGGACGAGGUGCCUGACAAGACGGGAGACGAGGAGGAGACAUUUGGGAUUCUGCACGAGGCCUUGCGGCCACUAGCCCACAGACUGGACGUGAAUUGGAUGCAAACCGCGCAGUACACCAUAUUCACGUACAUAUGCGCUCAGUUUGGAGCCACCGGAACCAUUCGUCGUCUGGCAACGCUCAUGCUUAUCCCAAUGAUGCUCCUGGCUCAGACUCGUUCGGCAAGGGUGGGAGCCAAGAUGGUGCGGAACCUCGUGGCGGAAGUGCCCGUUCUCACCCAGCUCUUCCUCGGGCUAUUGCAGGCACCGACACAGGUGAUCAUAUCCGUUGACCCCAAGGCCUACACCAGAGGUCUCUACGGACCAGGCGGACCAAAAUAUGACAAGGAGUUUUUAGACGAGGGUGGUGACGAGGAGAGCGAGGAAACGGGCUGAGGCGUUUUAGCGGAAGGUUUUAAGUCGAGUUCCCAGGUGGAUGAGCUUCGGAAGAAGCCACCUCCGGCAAGGGCUCCCCGGCCGACAUCAGCGAUUUUGAUUGGGCUGAUAUCGGUGGCUUUCUGCGCCCUUGCUCUUUUGUUUUCUCUUGAUGUGUGGUUUAUUUAAUCAGUCCAGCCGUGUAGAAGUGAAAGCACGUAGUCGUUCAUGAUCAUGCACGUUACAGAGGGGGGGGUGCUGUAAUUGCGCUAAAAACGGCAGUUACGAAGACAAGCAGCCUCUUGUGCUGGAGAGUCAAACAUAAGGGACUACCGGCAGAUUAGACCAUUUCCGUUGAGAAGAAUGGCUCAAACGUCAACAAAAUAUUUGAAAGUAGAGACUACGCCUUCAGAAAUCGGGUGUGCGUAUGUCCUUGAAGGUGCCUGUAAAAGGACGACCCGUGGAUGGUU